UGUUGAAGCAAGCGACGAAACAGAGCACAGGAGUAUCAUUUUUCCAAAAUUGAAGAACUUGGUUUUGGUAGAACUUCCAAGGCUCCGUUCAUUAUAUAGUAACAGUAGUGGAAGUUCAUUGGCUGUAGAGUUCCCUUCAUUGGAACACUUCCAUAUGCGGGGCUGCCCCGAUGAGUUUUGGCCCUUUGCUUCUGACAUCUGCAGCCAGGAGCAAGUCCAAUUCAAUAGUAUUCAACAUUAUAGCGCUCUACAGACAAGACUGUGGGGAGACAUCCAAAUUGUAUCCGGAGAUGAGGAGUGGAAGUAUGAUGUGUUUUUGAGUUUCCGCGGUCGUGACACUCGCCGUAUCACAGAUCAACUAUACGAUCGACUGCAGAGGAGGGGAAUUAAAAUGUUCAAGGAUAAUGAAAAUCUUUUAGUAGGGACUGAUAUUUCUCGCACUCUUACGGAAGCAAUUGAAGAAUCAAGGUUUGCAAUCGUUGUACUGUCGCAAAAUUAUGCUAGUUCUACUUGGUGUUUGGAGGAACUUAGAACGAUCUGUGAGUGCAUGAAAGACCAGAAGAGAAUUCUGCCACUUUUUUAUUAUGUCGACCCUACUGAUGUACGAUAUCAGAAGACGAGUUUCGGAGAUGCUUUCACUAAGCACUCUAGGCAACACAAAUCAGAGACCAUUCUGCGGUGGAGAAAUGCUUUAAUCAAAGUGGCCAGUUUCUCUGGGUGGAAUUCUAUGAAUUUUAAGACUGAAAAUGAACUUGUUGACAGCAUUGUAGAAUUUCUCUACAAUAAAGUACUACCCGAUGCAACUGAGUUCACAUUCGAAGUAUUUGAAGCAACAAGAAAAGCCAUGGAUGAGGUUAUGAAGGCAGCAAAAGAUGAUGAGGUCAUUACCGUUGGGGUCUUCGGAAUGGGAGGCGUCGGCAAGACAACCAUGGUAAAACACAUCGCUAUGCAAGCCUUCGAGAAGGGGAUUUUUGACCAUGUGAUUAUGGCUGUCGUAUCAGAACGCCCUGACUUCGAAAGAAUUCAACAGACAUUGGCAGACCAGCUGGGCGUCAAAUUAGAGUUGGAGACAGAAAUUGGAAGAGCAGCUAGAUUGCGUAAGGAGAUAAUGAGAAGAAACAAGAUUCUUAUAAUCCUGAAUGACAUUCGGGAGAGAAUGAAUUUGUCAAGCUUAGGUAUUCCCAGCCCAAAUGAGCUACGAAUGUGCAAUUCCAAAGUCCUACUCACCACAAGGAGAUUGAAUGUCUGUGAUGACAUGGAGUGCCAACCAAAGAUCAGCCUCAACGUUCUCUCAGAACAAGAUUCUUGGUACUUGUUUGUGAGAAAUGCAAGAAGGUCAUUUGAAUCGGUGAAUUUAGAGGAUGUAGCGAGGAGGGUAGCUAGAGAGUGUUGUGGUCUACCGAUUGCAUUGAUAGCAGUUGCAAGGGCACUUGGAGAUAAAGAUCUACUGGAAUGGAAAAAAGCAGCUCAAGCACUAAAGAACUCGCAAUUUGCCAACUCUGAUGAUCACGGAGAAGCAUCCAAAUGUAUAAAAUUAAGCUAUGAUUACCUGAAAGAUGAGGAUUCCAAGUUAUGCUUCUUGUUUUGUGCCCUAUUUCCAGAAUACCAUGAUAUCCAGAUAGAAGACUUGUUCAAGCAUGCAUAUGGGAAAGGAUUGUUUCGAAAUGCCGAAACUAUCGAAGAAGCCAGAGGAAGAGCAGAUUCAGUGGUCAGGUACCUGAAAGAUUCUAGCUUGCUUUUGGAUAGUGAAGAAGAUGGAUGUGUAAGGAUGCAUCCUGUCGUCCGGGACACAGCCCUGAGAAUUGCAUCAUCUGAAGAUAGGCAUGGGUUUUUGGUAAAAGCUGAUUUUAGUCUGCAAUCUCACUAAUGGGGAACAAGAUUGGGAAGCUUCCCGAAGCAAUGAUUGGUUGAUGAAUGAUGUAACUUAUUCAGGGUUCAAACACAGAUGAUAUUGGUCGACUGCGGCACAAAACAGAAAGUAUUUUAUCUGUAGUCAAACCAGUGAAGUGUUUCAAUCGACUUGCUUACAUAAUCUUCAUGCAAGAAGAUUCCGGCCAAGAAGAAGAUGCGAAUGAAUGGGCACGUGAUGAAUUUGGAGGCGAGGAACUAGUUGAGAGACAGAAACUUGCAUUGCCUUUUGCAUAAGGGCAUAUAUAAGACAGUGAUCUACUGCUUCAGUAGCAAAAACCCCAG